UAAUUAUAGAUUAUUUUUUUAAUAUAUAUUUAUAUAUGCUUGUAUAUCAUAAUUUUCUAAAUAUGUCCUAAUAAUGGAUGUCAACGAAGAAGAACUUCAUUGGAUAGAUGAGAUAUGUGCAUGUAAUGGUUUGCAAAGCGAAAAAUCAAGUCUCAAUAGUAUUGAACAUAUAGAGCUAUUUUUGAGUAGUAUUCAUAUAAUUCCAUCUAUGAAGUGUUUUAUAAAUUUAACUUUGUUGAAAUUUGUUGGAUGUAACAUUUCGAGGAUUGCAAAUUUGUGUCAACUUGUCAAUCUCAAAGAACUGUGGAUAUGCGAAGGAAAUCUAAAAAGGAUUGAAGCACUUGACAGUAAUAUUGCAAUUGAAAAGCUCUAUUUAUAUAGUAAUCAAAUUGAAAAAAUAGAAAACUUGUCUCUACUUGUCAAACUUAAAACCUUGUGGUUGAAUAAGAACAAGAUCAGCAUUAUUGAGAAUUUGUCUGAUUUGGUAGAACUUCAAAAUCUUAACCUAAGUGAUAAUAAUAUCUCUAAAAUAGGGAAGUCAUUGAGCUGUAAUGCAGAAUUGGAGGAAUUAAACUUAUCAGGAAACUUGAUUUUUUCUUUAAAAGACAUUACAAUUUUGGCUUGCUUACCUAAACUUGUCUCUUUAAGUUUAAAUGACCCAUUGUCAUCAACUAAUCCUGUUGGAUUACUGGCUAAUUAUACAACUUUUAUUCUUUAUCACUUGCCGCAUAUUAAACAUCUUGAUUCAUUUGAUGUGUCUCAAGGAUUAAAAAAUGCUGCUGAGAUAACAGUUAUGAAAAAGAAGACUUUUUAUAGGGUGCAAAUCAAAAAAGUGAAUAGAAUGUUUUAUCAUGUCAAAUCUAUUCUAAGAGAAGAACUAUGCAAAAUGCAAGAGAGUUCUGACAUAAAUAUCCGAAAGAUUUGCUACUCAAUCAAAGAGCUUGAGAGAGAGUUUUGGCAGUCAGAAAAGAAGAAAAAUUCACACAAAAUUGAUACAUCAGAUACAAUCCAGAAAAAUGAAACUUGGUUAAAUAAAAUUUCAAAAAGUUUUGAGGAGUUUCAAAAAAUGGUCACUGAAAAAUUAAAUUUGUUAACCAACAGAGUUGAAUAUUGGGAAACAGUUCAUCAGAAACUUCAUUUGAUAUACAAAGAUAUUGUAAAACAGUUGACAUACUGGAAGGAACAAUCAGUAAUUUUUCUUCGAAUUGAGUUCAUGUCUGGCGGGAACAUAAGAUUUGAGGAAGGAACAAAUAAUGAUUUUUGGUAUCAGCCUUGCCAUGAUCUUGUUCAAUCUCGAUUUUUUGCUCAAGAAUUUAAGGACUCAUGGAGUAUUGUGAAUUUGAAAAUUCAAAAAAUAUUUUGUGUUCAGAAUCGUAUUUUAAAGCUACGAUUUGAUAAAAAGGCAGAAGUAAUUUUAGGAACUGAAGAAUAUAAUGAAAGCUCCAGCAGUCAAAGACACGAAUUUAUGGAUUAUUUAUUCCUAAUAUCAGAAUCUUGUGCUGAAUUUUGUUUAGAAAAAAUCCUUGAGGAUGGUUUAAGUAAUGAGAAUGCAAAUAUGGCAGUUAAGUUAACAAACAGUGUAUAUAUUGCUGACAAAGCUCGCAUCAAGAAUGUUUAUAAAAGCGUUCCUGAUUGUAAUAUUCAAAACUGUUGUACCAGUAGGUUUGGAAAGUUGUUUAUAUGCAAAGUUCUUAUUGGACCAAGUGCUGCUUACACAAAGGAUAAAGAAAUUAACCAAACAUCAUAUCCUGGAAUAAAUUCUGUUUACAAAAGCAAGCAGCAUACAGCAUCUGAAUGUAAAAGUCAACAAAAUGUUAGGAAAAACAAUUUAUGUGAUUGCACAACAAGACAGUGUUCAUGGUUUGUGUUUGAUCCGAGUUUGGUUCUUAUUGAAUAUAUUGUGAAUUUUGAAUAUGAAACAAAUUCUACUUAUCCUUUGAUGGAUAUGUUUUCAAAUAUUUUACCAUGCAUGGAUGUUAAUCCCUUAUAUCAAAAAGUAAGUUUAAAUGAUAUAUAUGCUAAAGAGUUUGCUAAAGAUCGAGAAAUAAUAAAUAUGGAUCCUGUAGUAAAAUCAAGACCAAGGUUAACAUUUUUAACAGAAGAACUUCUUCUGCAUCAGUCAGGGCAAACAAAUCUUUCAAAAAUAACUGUGUUAAACUUACAUGAUUGUGGUUUAUCACGUGUCAAAUUGCUAUCAUCUUUGCAGUUCUUAAAAAGGCUUGUGCUGAGUUUCAAUGAGCUGACAUCAAUAAAUGAACUAAAUGGAAUGAACAGUUUAGAGUACCUUGAUGUUAGUUUUAAUCAAAUAGAAAGCUUUGAAGGUCUCAAGAUUAUGCCAAAUAUAUCUCAUUUGGACAUUACAUGGAACUAUUUUUGCCAUACGCGAAAUGAAGUGACGCUAUUGAAGAAUUAUUUUCCACUAUUAAAAGUUUUAAAUAUUUCUCACAAUCCUUGGAUGAAUAGCAGCACUGUACGACUUCGUUGUAUCAGUCGUAUACGAACUCUUACAGUUAUUGAUAAAAAACCAGUGACAGAGGAAGAACUGCAAACAGCUUUGCAUUUAGUUUCUUCUUCACGCAUUACAUCAGUUGCUAUACUGAACAAUUCAUGCACUGAUAUUAAAGAAAUUCUCUCCUUACGUUUGGAAAAUACUGUAGAUGCUUUAAUUUUGCUCAGUGAAAAGAGACCAAUUAAAUGUUCUCCACAAGAUGGGAAAUGGAUGGCAAAAAUAACAUGCUUGUGUCUGGCCAAUCAUCACUUGAGUAAAAUUUCAAAUAUUGAAAAUUUGGUGAAUCUAAAGUGGGCGUCAUUUAAUAACAAUGACAUUACAAAGAUUGAGGGUUUAGAAAGCUGUAUGAAGUUGCAAGAGUUGACCCUAUCUGGCAAUUGCAUUUCAAAAAUUGAUGGUAUGAAUCACUUGGUUGAUCUGCAGUUUUUGGAUGUUAGUAACAACAUUAUAUCAUCAUUGGAAGGACUUAACUUUGAAAAGUUACAUAAGCUUUCUUACAUUGCAUUUGACAAUAACAAUGUGAUCUCAUUAAAUGGUUUUCAGAAAUCCAAGUCAUUAGUAGAGAUUUAUGCUGGUAACAACAAAAUAAAGAAACUCAGAGAAAUUUUUUAUUUGAAGAAAAUAUCAUCAUUAUGUAUUCUUGAUUUGCUUGGAAAUCCUAUGUGCAAGGAGUUAAGUUAUUAUAGAUUGUAUGCCAUUUACCACCUUCAUAAUUUAAAAAUGCUUGAUGCUACGUCUAUAGAAUUAUCAGAAGUUGAGGCUUCUAAAGAUACAUUUGGUGGCAGGUUAACUACCGACUAUUUAGUAGAAAAACUUGGUCAUUCAAAUUUUCUAGAAAUUUGUGAACUCGAUAUGCCAAAUUGCAACCUUCGAUCUGUUGAAUUAUCAAGUAAAGACAUCUUCAAUAAUUUAAGAAGUCUGAAUUUGGAGCAAAAUAAUUUGACAUGCUUUGGAGGAAUAUUUCAGAUAGUAAACCUAAAGGUUUUGUGUUUGAAUUACAACUUCAUUGAAUGCAUUAUCCCUAAAUCAUUUGAAAAUGCAACUAAAGAUGAGCAAAACAAACCUAUUUUACAUAAUUUAGAAGUAUUGCACCUUGGGUACAAUGGUAUUAGACAUAUGAGUCUUUUAAAGUUGGGAUGUCUUCCUUCACUAAAAACAUUAUUUCUUCAAGGUAAUGAAAUAUCGAAAGUUGAAGGGCUUGAAAAUCUUUGUGAACUAAGGGAGUUAGUUCUUGACAAAAAUAAACUAAAGUCUUUGCAUGAAACUUCGUUUAUUAACCAAAAGAAAUUAAAAGAGCUUCAUAUAGAGAACAACAUGCUUCAAAAGUUAAACUAUUUAGAACAACUAGUAUGUUUAGAAAGACUGUAUAUUGGGUCAAACAGAAUUCAGGAUACUUUAGAGUUUGAAAAGCUGAUAAAUUUGACAAAGUUAUUUGAAAUAUCACUUAUUGACAAUCCUGUUACAAGGCGGCAUAUGCAUCGUCCCUUUUUAAUAUUUCAUCGACCCAGUUUAUUAUAUAUUGAUGGUAUUAUUAUUACUAAUGAUGAGAGAAUCAGAGCUGAGUUACACUUUAUUGAACAACAGACCAAUCCAUUAGAUCAAUCUACACUUAAUUUAAUUCCAAAAUCUAAAAAGUUGCUUGAGAUUACAAAAUGUGUUAACAAUCUCACUAUUGAUGAUUAUUGGUUUCCUUAUACAUCUGAUUCUAGUGACGUAAGACAAGUCCCAUUGAAAGUUUUAUCACAAAUUCCAAGUAAUCAAAGAACGUCAAAGAAAAACCAAUAGUUUUUUUAAUCAUAAAAUCAACUGUGCUAGAUUUUAUGGCAUCUUGUUUGACAUCAAAUGGAUUCAUAAAGUAAACUUAGAGAUAAUUGUAAAAAAUUUUAAUUUUAUUCGUCUCAAAUGUACGGCUCAAAGAAUUCAAAUCAUCAAAUGUUUAUCUUAGAAGAACAAUACAAACAAUUUUUAAAAGUUUUAAGACGUUAGAUAAUUUACUUAUGUUUCGUCUUUGUAAAAUCUGUGAAUAUUAAAUAAUUAAUAUAUUAAAAUAAUAUAUUA